UGUCAAAGCGUGAGGUUGUCGCGUCGCAAGAACUUUUAGCGUUUCUCUUCGCUUAAUUAAUCGAAAACAAAAGCGCGUGUAUGUUCCAAAUCAAUAUAAAACUAAGUAAAAACAUUAAAUAAAUCAAUGCAAGUGUAUUGCAUAUGUGUAAUAACACAUAAUAAGCAUAAUGCGUUGCCUUUUGUCUAGGCAACACUAUUCUAAUAGUGCAAGUGAGAACUUCUACACAGAGAUUGAGAAGGGAGAGAGCGAGUGAACAAGAGCGCCUGCGAGAGCGAGCAUAAAAUCACAGUCACAGCAGCAGCAAUAACAAAAAUAAAUACAUACACACACAUUUAAAUUUAAUUGGCAUUGGAUCAUGCAGCAGCAGAAGCAGCAACUUCAAACGACGAAAAUGCGAACGAGCUUUACAACACUGGCCGCUGGCGAGGCCGCCAUCAACGUCGGUAUCACAGCGCAGGAAUAACGGAAUGUAGGCAAAAAAAGAGAGGAGGAAAAAGCGCAGUUGAAAACGAUCGAAUUUAUCAAGCAUACAAAACUGAAAAGAAAAUAAAAGAAUAAAAAAUACGCAAAUUAAAAGCAAAACGCUGCAAAAUGCACGUUUCAGCUAUUAAAAGCGAAGAACAGGAAAGGGCAAAGGAUGCAUGUGCAGCGAUAAAGUUUAAUAAUUAUCGAAAACGAGGCAGCAACGACGAGAACAACAACUACAUUAGCAAAUUUAUAAUGACGUCUUCAAUACUGGUGCAACGCCUCGCAACGCUGAGCAUGAGUGGCAAGUGGCGACGGCGCCGGCGGCGGCGCAAACAGCAAAACGACGACGCAAUUGUGAAAGCAACAACAACAAGAGCAUGCGCCCAUAAUGAUAAUUGCAAUUAUAGUAAAACAACAAUGCGUGCCCAUGAUUUCAAUAAAAUCAAUAAAUUACAGCUAAUUACGUGCAUGCUACUGAUAACAACUACAACAAUUUGUCAAAGUUAUGCAGCUGCAGCGGCGUCGACGUCAGCCUCAUCGUCAGUGUCUGGCGAGGCGUUAACGUCGCCGCUGAGCGCGCUGCUCAAAUCGGGCGGUGCCUCCUACAAUCAACAGCUGCCACAGCAACAACUUUUCGCCAUGCUUGCAAAGAAUAACGGAAACACGGCUGCGCUGGCAUCGGCAGCAGCGGCUUCGCAGCAACAGCAGCAUCGGCACUCACGUCAGCGACCACGCUUUCUGCCGUUACGCGAAGACGAUUCGGAGGAUACGGCCGAUGAGGAAUUUGCCGCCUUGCAUAUUCCACUGGAAAUCGCAGCAGCCGCUGCUUCUUCUUCCAUUGGGUCUGCUUCGUUGGAAACGCGCGGCUUCGUGGCCGACGAUGGCGGGCAAUACGAGCAGGCGGAAAAAGAGCUGGCUGCAGCCGAAUCAGCAGCAGCAGCAAAUGCGAAUGCCAAAAAUAACAACAACAAAAACUGUCCUAAGGAGUGCAAAUGCCAGAACGAAUUCUUCGAUUGCGAUAAGCAGCACUUGGAGCGUGUGCCAGUGCUGCCCAACUAUGUGCAAACGCUGCAUCUGGCCGGCAACAAAUUGAAUGACACCACGGUCCUAGCGAUACGAAAUCUAUCCGAGCUACAAAGACUCUCUCUGAAACGCAAUCAGCUCGGUGUGAUGCCCAUGUUUACGAAUCUGCAAUCUUUGCGUCAACUCAUCUUGGCCAACAAUCGUAUUCAGCGCAUCUCGAGCGAGGCUCUAGUGCUGCUGCCCAAGCUCAAAUUGCUGGAUCUGAGCAAGAAUCAGCUGCACACUGUGGAGGCCAAUAUGUUUCCAAGACCUAGCCGACUUUCUCAUUUAAUACUUAAUGCCAAUGAGAUAGGCAGCGUGAAUGAGCUGGCAUUUGCUACACUUAGCAAUCUAACAGAUCUGGAGCUAAGCAACAAUCAUCUAAGCAGCCUGCCAGUGGGCGUCUUUAAGAAUUUGUUGCGUCUAAAGAAACUCACUCUCAACUCUAAUCGAUUGGAGAUCAAUUGGUCAACAUUUCGCGGUCUGCAAGCAUUGCAGAAGUUAGAGCUGAAAUCGAACAACAUCAAGACGCUGCAGGAUGGCGUCUUUCAUGUGAUGCGCAACAUAGAGAGCAUUAAACUAGAUCACAAUGACAUCAGUUCGCUGUCCCGCCAGGGUCUUUUUAAUUUGACCAAGUUGCAUCAUUUGAGUUUAUCCAAUAACUCGAUUAGUCGCAUCGAACUCGACACAUAUGAAUUUACCCAAUCUCUGGAAUGGCUUGAUUUAUCGCACAACUAUAUCAGCGACUUUAAGGCUCAGCAUUUGGAUUGUCUGAAGCGUUUGAAACAUUUGAAUUUGGGCCACAAUAACUUGCAGUAUUUGCCAGAGAAUACGUUCGACUGUGUCAAGAACCUGGAGGAGUUGAAUUUGCGUCGAAAUCGUCUCGCCUGGAUCAUCGAGGAUCAGUCAGCCGUAGCUCAUUUCAAGGCAUUGCGUAAACUUCGCCGCCUCGAUCUCUACGGCAACAAUCUAAAACAGAUCAGUAGCAAAGCGCUGACUGGAUUAAACAAUCUUGUACAGCUUAAUCUGGAGAACAAUGAAUUGGCCAGCAUACAACCAAAUGCAUUUGAACAUAUGCAAAAUCUACAAAAGCUCAGCUUCAAAUCCAACAAUUUUAUAUGUGAUUGCGAGUUGAUUUGGUUCCGUCAAUGGCAUCUCAGCCGCUUUGGCAUACAGACUGAGAAGUUGUUCACAAAUGCUGUCUGUGGCUAUCCGGAACAUUUGCUUGAUCGCCAACUAUUCCGGCUAAGUCCUGCAGAACUAACAUGCUCUGACUCACCCAAGCCAGUGCUGCAAAAUGAGCCCAGCAAUAUGCUCGCUGUCAAGGGCGCCAAUAUAACCUUGGAGUGCAUGGCCACCUCACCAGCUGCUGCUUCGGCUGCUGCUACCGAUGAGCUGGAGAUUAAGUGGCGUCAUGAUAAUCAGCACGUUAUGGAGAGUCAAAAUGUACACGAUGGCGCCAGCACAAAAACGCAAAUACAUCCAGAUCAGAGCACCAAUCAGACGACGAUCUAUGGUCAUCUGCGCUUGUCCAAUGUCACCGAUGAGAGUGCCGGCCGUUAUCAAUGCGUGGUGUCCAAUGCAUUUGGCUCGACAUAUGGUCAGAAAUUCAAAAUAUCAAUAGGCAUUCAUCCCAGCUUCUUGCAUGUGCCCUCGAAUCUAACAUUGGAUGCGGGCGAAACGGCUCGCUUGGUGUGCUCGGCUAGUGGAGACCCCAUGCCGGAGAUGGCUUUGCAGAAGUUUGGUGGCAGAGAUUUUCCAGCUGCCACCGAGCGACGACUUCAGGUAAUACGCGAGGAGAAUGCAUUUCUGAUAACGAAUGCCAAGCCUAGUGAUUCGGGCAUAUAUACCUGCACGGCGGAGAGUCCGGCAGGUGUGAUAAAAGUUAAUGCCACACUAAUUGUGAAUGACAAACCCCUGCCUAGCAUUCCACUUGUUCAGAAGGAGGUCAUUCUUGGUAGGACCUGUGUGCUGGAAUGUCUCAGUGAGUCUCUGAAUUUGGAGCUGGAGCAGCCGCGUCGUGAAUGGUUCAAGGAAAACAAACCUUUGCAUAAUUCGCCCACUGGACCCGAUGCGGAACGCUUUUAUUUUACCGAGAGCAAGGAGCUCUUAGUCAUUGUCAAUGCCCAGUCCACUGAUGCUGGACACUAUCGCUGCGAAAUCAGCGACAAUUUGCGCACCUUGACACUGCAAUCGGAACUGAUAGUGGUGCAGGGUAGUUUAAAUAAUGAUUUGGUGCUUCUCAGUGUGAUGAUUUUCACGAUUAUCUGUGUAUUGAUUUGCACUUCUAUUGUCUGGAGGGUUUUACGCCAUCAGCGAAGGAAGCAGUUGCAUAGCUCGACAACGCGUAGUAGUCAGCAUACUCUGCCGCUGGAUCAGACGCAGUUGACUACAAUGAAUCGCACAAUUUUACUCGAUACCGCUGGGCACAAGCAGCAGCAGCAAUUGGAUCAACAACAGCCGCAGCAUCAACAUCAUCAAUCGCAGUCACAACUGCGACCCCGUAGCUUAACGGAUUUGGAGUGUGGUCCUGGACAGACACAAAGUCGUUUAAUUGUCACCACUACGCCUUCGUAUGAGCAACGGUGCAUGGAGCAGGGCUUAACGCUCUGCUAUAUGCAGCAGGCGGAACUCGAGCUUCAGCAGGAUCAUUUAUCCAGCAAGGACUCGGGUACGGGUUCCGAUGCCGCCGUGAAGCGUAGUCUGGAGGAUUUUGUAGUGGGUAUGCCGCGACGUCGCAUACUGGAUGAAGAUGCUGACGUUGACGAUGACGACGAUGUGGGGGAUGAACCGGAUGAUAAUGAUUUGCAAUUUGCGCCGACUCGUGCGCUGGGCGUCUCUGUCUACCAUGACAUGGAUGAGCUCUACGAGCGCAAUCACAGCGCACCCGAGCAACAAAGUUUCCUACGUAACAACAACAAUAACCGUCACAACUACGAUGGUGGCGGGUGCGUAAUGGUGGGCGUGGCUAUGGCUGCAGCUGGUGACUACAAAGCAGCCAAAGCGGUGGACAUUUAAGUAUGAAAAGCCAAAGCCAAGAUAAAUGCAAACAAAACCAAAAUGCAACACACCAAAAAAAAACAAAAAAGC